UUGACCAUGGAAGAACUACUAAUUCAUUUCGUAAUGUCAUUUAUUGGCCAAUGGAAAGAUGUGAGAGGAAAAUUGAUUAAUCAUAUCACUUCAAAUGGAUAUUUCCGUUUCAUUGAAAAGACUAUAUGUCAUGACUCUUAAAUUUACAUAUUUCAUGAUCAUUCUUAUUUCCAUAUUAUCAUACACAUAUAUAUAUACGCGAGGAAAAGUAUUUUGACAACUAUUAUAUAACACUUAAAUGUCAAAAAUAAAAACAUGUAAGUGGUCAGAUUAAAGUCGUUUAUUUCAACAAUGAUUGCUCCCAAAAUUAUAUAAAAAAAAAAGCUGCAUCAUUUUUCUACAUUUUAGAGAUUAAAAUCAUGUCAGACCACUUCAAAUAUCAAAGUUCUACUUUAAAGUCAAUUAGGGAAAAUAUGUCAACAAUUGUGUCAUUAUGGUAUAUUGUGUGUUCACAUGAAUACGAUGUACAUGACUUGUCUUCGCAAUAAUCAUCACUUCGACCCCGAGGAUACAACAUGUCUCCCCUGGUCCUGUUACUGGUUCUCAUAGCAGGAAGCAUUUCAGCUUCUAAAAUCCGAGAUUAUACCGGCGGAAAUAGCAUCGAGGAUGUAUUUGAACACCAAGACAGCGCUGGUCCCGGAAGUGAAGAGAUUACCAACAUACCGGCUGACAACAUCGACAGCGAGGUGAUUACCGAUACGGACAUCGAUACAGAGCAAGCCAACAUGCAGUGCAAUGCAUUUUACACAUGUGCGAUGCAGAAUCCGCCCCCUGCACCUUUGGGGUCCAUCACGAAAGGCUUCUACAUUUCCCCUGGAUUCUUAAAGAAAAUAUGCAGGUAUAUGAAGACAUCAGUAGCCUGCUAUUAUCAAGGAGAGUAUGCCGACUGUCCAAUUGUGACGGGGAAUGUUAAAACUAUGACCAACAUGUAUCGAUACAUGUGUGUUGAGCCAGGCAGAUCAGCUGUGCUGUCUAUGCUUCCAUGUAUCAACAACUACGAGGUCCAGUUUCAACUGAUUUUGUCAUCUUACGGGUGGUCACAUUCGGUUAAAACAAUCAUGGAUUGGCCAGACCAAGAACCUUCUAAUAUCGCUUUGAUGAUGUGCAGGGCAACGAGGAACUUCUACUACGAUACUGGUUCGGAGAUUGAACACCAAUGUUCGGCAGUCGAUCGUCGCGUUUACGAACAUAUGAUAGUGGUUUGGUCGCGGUUUGAUCUACGAAGAUUUAACUGUACCCUUGAAGAAAACAACAACACAAGUCUCUAAAAGUCUGUUUUUACUAACAAUGACCUUUAAUGCUCUAUACAAAGUAAGAUAAAAGCUACAAGUGUAUUUUUUUUUAAUUCUUAAAAUACAAUUCAAAUUAUUCAAAGUAUUGUAUUUGCUAAGGUUCAGAUUAAAUUAUUCAGCAGCAACGA